AUGGCACCAUCGCUUGAAGCUAGCUCCAAGGCUGCUGCUCCCGUGAAGAGCGGUAUGAUAAAGGAACCCCUAAAGGUUUCUGGAGCUCUGCCGACAGACUUCUUUGAUGUGACGUCAAUUAUUGGACGCGAAUAUCCAACCAUACAGCUUUCGGAACUGAUGAAUUCUCCUCGGCGUGAUGAAUACGUCAGAGAUUUAGCAAUUACAGUAUCUGAAAGAGGCGUUGUAUUCUUCCGGAAUCAGAAGGACCUCACGGUCUCAAUGCAAAAGGAAUUCAUCGAUCUUCUUGGGAGACUAUCUGGAAAGCCAGCAACCUCUGGCAUCCAUAUCCACCCUCUUCUCGAAGGCAAGCGUGAUGUAGGCAUCAAUGAUGCCGGCGACGUCGACGACCACAUCUCCGUCAUCUCUUCCAAGUUAAGCCGCAAACUUCACCUCGCCUCACGUUACACCUUCGCCAGCAAAGGCUGGCAUUCUGAGUACUUUCCCCAACCCUUUGGGAAUUCUACAGCUAAUUCUCCAAGUAUGACCUUUGAGCACGUCCCCUCCGACUAUGCCAUCCUCAAAAUGCGCAAAGUCCCUCCCACUGGCGGCGACACCAUCUGGGCCUCCGGCUACGAGAUGUAUGACCGCCUCUCCGCUCCCUAUCAGCGCUUUCUGGAGGGUUUGACUGCUAAACAUGCCAAUCCCGACUUCCAAGCUGCCGCUGCCCGCGUCGGCUUCGAGAUCCACCCUGGCCCACGUGGUGCCGCCGAGAACGUCGGCCAGGACCUAAUCGCUAAUCAUCCUGUCGUGAGGACAAACCCGGUGACGGGCUGGAAGAGCAUUUAUGGAGCGCUGAACCAGAUCGAGCAGUUGAAUGAGCUGGCGCCACAGGAGAGCGAAGAGGUGUUGAGGUAUUUAGGACAGUUGUUGACGAAUAAUCAUGACUUGCAGUGUCGGUUCAAAUGGGGUGUUGAUGAUGUUGCUAUUUGGGAUAAUAGGAGCUCGUUCCAUACGGGCACUUCUGAUGUUGAUGUUACCCACACGAGGACGGGGAAUCGGGCAGUCAGUAUGGGAGAGGUUCCGUAUCUAGAUCCCAUGUCGAGGUCGAGACGAGAAGCUCUUGGUGAAGCUGAGUAG